AUGGAACACCCUGAGAUGAGGGGACCCUCGCGGAUCCUGGUCAACGAUAAGGAAGUGAACAACGAGGGGGGGGUACUACACAAGGUUAACAAGUGGUUCAAGGGGCUAGUGAAAAAUGUAUUCUUCGAGGAGGACACAGAUGAUGCCUUUCCCUCUAACAACAAAGCGCUUAAGAAUACCUUCUGGACGUCGCAACUGAAUGUGCCCUUGAUCGGGGAGGACGGGCUGACCCCGGCGAAGGAGCACGUGGAGAAGGUGAUGCAGGAUCUGCGCGACGAAGGCAUGUGGGAAAAAUUUAAAAAGUUUCACUCCCUCUUCUGGUUCCUGCCAGCGAGUGAUUCUGUCCUGACGACGUUACCCCUAGUAGGUAUGGCUCUGUCCCUGUUCGCCGUGCUGCUUAACCAAAUCAACAUACUAACGGUGCUGCCGAUUUACUUAAUUCUUCAGUCUAUUUAUAGCGUGGGGAAUGUCUGGUAUAACUGUGUAUUCGAGAUAGAGCUGCUUGAACUCGUUUUUUUAACUCUGCUUAUGGUUCCCCUGUGGAGCAAUCACCUUAAGAGGAGAUUCUCAAGUACCCCUUUUGUAAGGUACGUGUGUCGUUUCUUCGUCUUUAAGGUAUUGCUUGGGUCUAGCUUAAUACGAUUCAGGAACACAGACUUGUGGGGGCACUUGGAAGGAAAAUAUUAUUUAUAUGAAACACAACCGUUACCAUCAAGCAUAGGAUAUAUAUUGCAUGAACAUAUGUUCAUAAGUAAAUUGGAUAAUCUCUUUUGCAUCUUAACAGAGUGUGUCUUUUCCUUUUUCAUUCUUUUUCCUGUGAGAUCAUUUCGGCUCAUUGGUGGUGUGUUGAUUCUUCUUUAUUGCUUAUUAAAUUUUCUUAGUGGAAAUUCUUACCUGUUUUAUGUUUUGCUUGUGGCUCCAUUAAUGUUUUGUUUCGAUGAUGAGGUUCUUCUUCCUUUUGUGUUGAGGACCACGAGGAAUGAAGUGCUCUCUGUGGUUAGGGACAAGGUUGCACAGCUAGCCAAGAGCAAGGGGUACUUCCGCAGCUUUGACAUCCUCUUCUGCACAGGGUUCAGUGUGGAAGAAGUGAAUAAAAUGAAGGACGCAUAUUUCAGGAUCGACUCAGAUGGGGUAGAGGAAAAAAAUGGACUUAGCGGGGGGGGAAGUGCAUGGGGGGGAGGAGUAGGAGUAGGAGGAGGAAUGGGAUGGAGUGGAGAAGGACGUUGGAGUGGGGGCAUGGGAUGGACUGGACGGAGUAACACACGAGGAGGAGGAGGAGGACUGCAAGGGGAAAAGGAACAUCUCCUGACCAGGGCAACAUCCAGCCAAGAAACGAACUUUUAUUCAGAAGAAAGCUACAUGGAGUGUAUUAAAAAGGAUAUACUUAAUGCACUUUAUUGGACCUUCUCACAAAAAGGGCCGCAAUAUAUACUUAAUAAUUAUAACACUUCAAGAGAGCUGAUCAUUCAUGUUUUUUGUGCCUUCUUCAUGAUUAUAUAUAACAGUUGUGUACACAUUACAUACUCUACUAGAGAGUCCAUUUUCCUUUUCUUUAUAUAUGUGUCCUUUUUCCUUGUUCAUAUGAUUUAUCUUUUUUUUUUUACAAAAAAUAUUUUUCCUUGUUUGGUUAGCCAAGUGGGACUUUUGCUGAGUGUUUCGCUCAUUUAUACAAAUUAUAUUUUCAUGAAUGGUUUUUCAAAUAUAUAUUUUACUACUUUAUUUUUCCUCCACCUCUUUUCAUUACUCUCUGUUUCUGUGUGUCACUUGAGCAAUCAACGGUUUGUACUCAAAUGUCUUGGUCAGUAUUUUUACUUUAUUCUUUUUUUGUAUUUCUUGUGUUUCUUCGUACAAAAUGUCUUGUCCCCACAGCAGGUCAUGAAUGCAGAAUAUGGAAACUUCCAGCAGAUGAAUGUUUAUGGGUCCUUUGGCCAUAUUAAUAAAAUAAGAAGAGAGAUCAUUGUGAAGGCUACUCCUCCCUCUAACAUGUCUUCUUCUCUUGUGACACAGUCAGGGGAAGAACAAAUCAACUCUGCAUGGAAUAAUUAUGAAUUUAAUUGCAAGCCAGACAAUGUUGAAAAAACCUUGUGCACACAGUUUAGAAUGCUUUAUGGCUUUCUCCCCGUCUUGUAUGUGGAUCGACUCGAUUGGCAGUUCAACCAACUCAGUUACAAUGAUGAUAAGAGUAUUGUACAGACUCCGUGGUUUCAAAAAUUUUUGCAGAAACUUUCACACAAUGAUGAAGAUCUCCUUUCCCUCUUGUAUAAAACCCCUUCUUUUGUUACCCCCCCUGGUGGGACGAACUCCACCAAGACGAGUCCAAUCCAUUUAACUGUCUCCAGUGAGGUAUAUAAGUUUUCUCCACAGGAGGAAAAGGAUGCUUGGUGGGACGUGGUCUCCUCAAGGGUCAUCAUUGAACUCCAGGGCCACCACACAACAAGCAGUGCGCAUAGUUACAUUGGCACACAGAAUGGGGUGGACCGUACAGACGAACACAACAGACUGUUACAUGUGGGAAGCUCUCCUCUCAUUGAGCUUGGGAACAGAUUCAUAUCGCCAGCUAACCAUUAUUUCUACACCGAGGGAGACACUUCAGCGGAAGCCAUCUCCGGGGGAGAUAUGAUGGAGAGGGACAACAUGAGGAAGAAGCGUUUAUUUGCGCAACAGGGGCGACUUCACGUGGACGAAGCCGCAGAGACAGAACGAGACUCAGUGAGCAGGAAGAUACGCACGCAGGAAAAAAACAAAUAUGCAGAACAGAAAAAAAAAUUCUUUAGGCAAAAACAAAUGCACGAAUGGAAGAGAGAGGCGCAGGAAGGGGACUCAGUGGAGGACGAACAUAUGAUGGACGGUGUGCACAGCACGGGAAGGGAAGACGAAGAGGUAACGUCCUCACACGGUGUGUUACAUGGCGAGUCACACGGCGCGUCACACCUGGCAGACGGAGGGGUCAUGGACGCGCAAGACCUCGUUGACGGAACUGAUCAAGAUGAGGCGGCAGUGGAUGACCCAGACAACGCGAUCGACGGGGAAAACCUCUUUUCCGCAGUGAAGAAGAUGGAGGCGGCGCGGGACAAGGAAAAUGAGGAGGAAGAACAAGGAAGCAAGUACGAAAUGGGGGUCGAGGUGAAACGGAAAACAAGUCCUAACAAACAUCAUCUCCCCCCUAUUACGUCGCCAAAAGGGGUACUCUCCGUGGAUGGUGACAUACAAAAGGAGAUGGAUGAGGCCAUUCGAAAUUCUUACAAGCAAUAUGGACUGCUUAAUAAUUUUUCUCGUAAAAUUACAAAGUUGGGUUUAGCCAACAGUGACCAGGGGAGAAGUCGGUACGGCGAGAUUAAGGAGUUGCUUGCCAAUAGUCCACGGGGUGGACACCCACAGGAGGACUCUUCUGCGUAA